AUGUCACUCAAGAUCAGCAGCUUCAAUAUCCUCAACACCCAUAGAUUCUACGAGGAGCGCAUUCCUCUCAUAAAACGUGCCAUUCAAGAAAUGGACUGUGAUAUUAUAGGACUUCAAGAAAUAAAUUAUGAAGGUAACAAGGAAAUUUACAUACACCCAGACUACGACUAUAAAUUCUCCCCAUUAUAUGAAUCAAUGGGACCUUGGAAUGUAAAUGAGCUUCCAGAAUCAUUUCGGUGGCUCGAAGGGUUCAGGAUUGACGGGAACGCUUUUCUAGUAAAACCGAAAAUCAAAGUCCUGGCUGAGGGUUACCGCCAAUACUCAGAUAAAUUGCGCAAUGCCCAAAGAAUGAAGAUAAGGCUUAAUGACCAAAUUGUAUGGGUCGUCAACACUCAUUUAGACUGGCAAACCGACGCGAGCAGGCUAAAAGAAGUUGAAGAAUUAUUAGAAUGGAUGAAGCCAAUGAUGGAUUGCCCCAUAAUUAUUACUGGAGAUUUUAAUGCAACCCCAGACUCAAGUGCCUACGCUCUGCUUUCAGAACAGUUCCAAUCUGCACUUUAUGUGGCCAAUGGAGAGGAGCCGGAAAAAACUUUCCCAUCAGAGUUGUUAGAUCACGAGGAAAUUAUGAAAACUUGGCAUUACGAGCUGCUGGGCCCCAAAGUGCCAAGAGUGUAUGAUUACAUUUGGUUUAGGAACAUCAAGCUAAAAACAGCAAGAGUUGUAAAUAAUAUCAGAGAAGGUACAUUUUGUCCAAGCGACCAUUACCCUCUUGUGGCUGAGUUUGAAUUGAGUUAA